ACCUCACAUCUCUCAUCUUUCUCUCUCUCCCUCUCCCAUCCUCCCCAAAAAAAAUUUCUUCUUUCUUUUCCCCACGCCCACGCCGCAGCCUCGCCGUCGUCCGGUAGCUCCUCCGUCAUCGCAAAGCAGCCAUGCGGUUCUAUUUUCUGUUCUUAAUUUGUGGAACUGGAGUUUGAUCCAUGCAUGCAUGUGAUCUUUGAUGUGCCCAUAUGUCGAUUAAAGGGAAUCGGAUUUGUUAUCCAAUAUGGGCUAAUUCUGUAAUUGGGUUUCAAGACACAAUACAUUGGAGGGCAUAAGGAGAAAUUUGUAAGGUGUGCAAUGCGGCACUUGUUAAUUGGUUAGAGUGUAGGUCAUCAUUCACAUUUAGAUAUGGCUGGAAAGGCGAAUUGUGGCUUUAAUAUAGACGGAAUGGCUUCUGCUAUACCACCUACCAAUCCAUCAUCAAUGUCAAUAAAACUGGGAGUGAUAAGAGGAUCUGAAGGGCUAAUGACAUUCGGUCGAUCACUGAAGUGUGGAGUUACCAGAGUUGUGUUCCCAGAAGAUCUCAAGGUCUCUGAGAAAAUGAUAUUUGAUCCUCAGGACAAGUCCCUCCUGUUUUGGAAUAGGCUUUUGGUUAUUUCAUGUAUCUUUUCAGUAGCAGUUGAUCCUCUAUUUCUUUACCUUCCGGUUUUCAAGAGUGAUGAAGACCACUGUCUUCACAUAGAUUCAAGUUUAGCAUACACAACAACCACCUUGAGGACAAUAAUCGAUUCGUUUUACCUCAUCCGAAUAAUUCUCCAGUUUCGCACAGCUUACAUUGCUCCCUCAUCUCGGGUUUUGGGACGAGGUGAACUCGUGAUAGAUCCCAAAGAAAUUGCAUCCAGAUACAUACAUCGUUAUUUUAUAGUCGAUCUUCUUUCUAUUCUCCCUCUGCCUCAGAUUGUGGUCUUGAGAUUCCUUAAUGGAUCCCGAGGCUCGGAUGUAGUAGGUACAAAGAGAGCUCUAGUUCUCCUUGUUAUUCUUCAAAGCAUUCCUAGAUUUUUCCGGUUUUUACCUCUAACUUCGGACUUGAAAAAGACUUCUGGAGUGUUUGCUGAAACCGCGUGGCUUGGCGCUGCAUAUUACAUGUUGUGGUUCAUGCUGGCAAGUCAUAUAUUUGGAGCCUACUGGUACCUAUUAGCUGUGGAACGUAAAAAUUUCUGCUGGCAAAAAGCGUGUUUAGAUAGUGCAGAUUGCAGUCCAAGUUAUUCUUUACUGUUUUGUUCACUUGAUAGAGAUAAAACUGCAAAUUUAACUGAUUGGAGGCAGAUAACUGAAGAUGUUCUCCACAAAAACUGUGUUGCUGAUGACGAUUCUCCGUUUAACUAUGGCAUAUAUGCGCAAGCUGUGUCAUCUGGUAUUCUUGACUCUGAAAAAUUCAUCCCCAAAUAUUGUUAUUGCUUGUGGUGGGGCUUGCAGAAUUUGAGCACACUUGGGCAGGGUCUUGAAACAAGUACAUAUCCUUUGGAAGUUCUGUUUUCAAUAGCAUUGGCCAUUAUUGGGCUCCUGUUGGUUUCUAUUCUCAUUGGAAACAUGCAGACGUAUCUUCAAUCUAUAACGGUUAGGCUGGAGGAGAUGAGGAUAAAAAGGCGCGACUCGGAGCAAUGGAUGCAUCACAGGGUGUUGCCACCGGAGCUAAGGGAAAGAGUGAGGCGCUAUGAUCAAUACAAAUGGUUGGAAACAAGAGGUGUAGAUGAAGAGAGUCUGGUGCAGAAUCUGCCUGUAGAUCUCAGAAGAGAUAUUAAGCGCCAUCUUUGUCUGAAUUUGGUUAGAAGGGUGCCUCUAUUCGCAAACAUGGAUGAGAGGCUGCUGGACGCCAUAUGUGAGCGACUGAAGCCAAGCUUGUUCACAGAAAACACGUACAUCGUCCGAGAGGGCGAUCCAGUGGACGAGAUGCUCUUCGUCAUCCGCGGCCGCAUGGAGAGCGUGACAACAGACGGUGGUAGAAGCGGCUUCUUCAACCGUGGCAUUCUAAAGGAUAGCGAUUUCUGCGGGGAGGAGCUUCUCACAUGGGCGCUAGACCCAAAAGCGGGGGCGAACUUGCCGCCAUCAACCCGCACGGUGAAGGCCUUGACGGAAGUAGAAGCCUUUGCACUGAUAGCCGAUGAGUUGAAGUUCAUCACCACCCAAUUCCGGCGCAUCCACAGUCGGCAAGUGCAGCACACUUUCCGGUUUUACUCGCAGCAGUGGAGGACGUGGGCUUCCAUGUACAUCCAGGUUGCGUGGCGGCGCUACACCCGCCGAAAAAAUGUAGAGCUCCGCCACAGCGAGGCCGGCUACGACGACGAGGACGACGAUAAUGAUGAAACCACGUUGAACCCUGGGAUUUCGUCAUCGUCCUCCUCCUCCUUUAGCAACAGAAGCAUCGUCGCCACCAUGUAUGCUUCUCGGUUCGCUGCAAACGCACUGUCGAAGGUGCGCAAAUUUAGAUCUUCUAGCCUCAUCAUGAAACCUCCUAAGCCUCCUGAGCCCGACUUUGAUAAAGAGGAUCUCACUAAUGAUCAACGCUUCAUUUGAUCCAGCCAAUAAGUCACUACUGCAUGCAUGUACGCAUACCUUAAAUACACAUAUCAUCCUCUUUUUAACUUUCCACACACCAGGGAGUUGUCCAUAUGCCGGGAUCAUUCUUACAAGUCCGUUCUUAACUUAGGAAGGAUAAUGCAACACUACUAAUUUUGUCCUAAUACGUAUUUCAAUGCUUGUUGAGUUAAUUGAGCUUGAGUUUGUUGAGUUAAUUGAGCCUGAGUUUUACUAGGUA